GCAAUGGGGGCUGUGGGAGCGUCGCGACGAAGGGCGCCGCAGCUCGUGGGCGGCGCUCGAGCCCGGACCGAGGCAGCACGACGCGCAUCGCCCGCGCAGCAGCGCUCUGAACGGGCACAGCGCAUCGCUGUCUUCUAUGGAGUCGGAGGGAGAAGUGCCGCGCCCUGCACGACAUUCCACGCACUCGCUCAACGACAACGAUCUCGCCAAGGACUUUGAGAAAAUAACGGCAGCUCUUCGCGCGGGAGCGGUGCUGGGAGCGGCGGCUGCCGAAGCGAGCUCACGCUUGGCUCCACGCCUGCCACUGCAGAAGUCCGUCUCCACGCCGAGCAUCGUCGCCGCCGUGCAGCCGCCGCAGCCACAGCCCGUCAACAUCUUGUCGGGCCCGUGUGCAAGCGAGACAGAGAGCGACGAAGACACGUCAGCUACCCACACCACCUCACCGAAUCGCCGCCACAACACGCAUCAGGAGCAUCUUGGACUACAUAGACUUGCUUUUCUUGAACAAGCAGCCUAUGAUCAUCACGCAGAGAAACGACGAAAACGUGGCAGCUUAUUCUUCCGUAAGAAGAAGGACAAAUCACGCAAAGCUGCGCACGCGUGGCAAGCGGCAGGCGGCAGCGGCGACUGCGAUUGGUGUGGUCAGGCGCUUACAGACAAGCCCUCUCUCUAUUGUGACAAUUGUACAAUGACGGUACAUCAAAAUAUGUGCAAAGACUACAUUGUUGAAUGCAAUAAGCCUAAGACGUCAAAGUCAUCGGUCGGAAAAUCAUUGAGUGCAGCUAGCGGCAAAAGCAGUAAACGCAGCUCAGUGUCUGGCCAAUCGCAGAACUCGAACAGCACGAGCGUGUACAACGAUGAAAAGGAUGGAUCAGAUCAUAAACACGACCAAAGCAAUGCAUCAGACGACGCAGGCGUGACAGAAUGGCCGGAGGUAUACCUGACUCCUGAACAGCUAGGCGAGGAAGCCAAGAUACUCGGUCUGGGGGCUUCAGAACCUGACACGUGGGCCGCUGGAGCUCCGAAGGGUCUUGCCAAACACCUUGGAGAUAGAGAAACAAAACGCCAAGAGCACAUAUACGAGCUCAUAUUGACUGAGAAACACCAUUGUCUUACAAUAAGGCUCAUGCAAAAGAUGUUCGUGGAAGGCAUGUUGCGCUUUGCGGGUGUAUCUGCCGCUCAAGUCUCGCGAAUGUUCCCCCGAAUAGACGAACUGUGGACCCUCCACGCGUCUCUGUUGACCAAAUUGCGGAAUCGCCAAAGGGCCUCACCCCAGGUCGCGUCUGUAGCUGAUAUAUUGGCUGAUACUUUUGCGCCGCCUGCUAUGAAUAAGCUUAAGGCUGCUUACGGCGAGUUCUGCUCGCGGCACCGCGACGCCGUGGAGGUGUUCAAGGAGUGCUGUACCCGUGAGCCGCGCCUGGCGCGCUUCAUCCGCAAGUGCCAGCAGAACCCGUUGCUGCGCAAGAAGGGCGUACCUGAAUGCGUACUGUUCGUAGCUCAGAGGCUCACGAAGUACCCUCUACUAUUAGAGCCACUCCUCAAAACAGCAGGCGACGACAUGGCUGAAAGGGAGUUGCUGCAGAGAGCGCUAUGCGGCGUCAAGGAAAUCCUUGUAGACGUCGACAACCAAGUAGCAGCAAAAGAACGCGAGGAUAGGAAACUGGAGAUUUACCACAGAAUCGACGCGAAGUCAUUCGCAUUAUUCCGUGGACGCAAGUUUAAGAAGAGCGACAUCUUGCAAGGGAACAGGAGUUUGAAAUUCGAGGGCGUGGCCAUACUCAUGCAGGGUCGCAGCAAGAUGCAGACGUUGCUCGUGAUCGUCCUCACUGACGUACUCUUCUUUCUUCACGAUAACAACAAUAAGUAUACUUUCUUCACACCUGACAAUAAGACCGGCGUGGUUUCCUUGGUGAAAUUACUAGUUCGCGAGAAGGCCGGCGCAGAAGGCCGCGGACUCUACUUGAUCUGCAGUGGGCCUUCCGAACCUGAGAUGUUCGAGCUGCGAGUGCAUCGGCCCAAAGACAUCCAUGUAUGGAUUCAGGCCAUCAGGGCGGCGGUGCAGGAGUGUCCCGAGGAGGUGGAGGAGUCGGAGGCCGGCGCGCAGGCCACGUCCGCCGAGGAGCGGCAGCGCCAGCUCGAGGCUAGGCAUGAGAAUAUAAGACUGAUUACUGAAGCACUAAGGGCGAAAGACAGGGAGCUCGCGACUAUAUUGGAAGAGAAAAUGGCUCUACACAUGAAAAUGGUCGGACACACUGGGACCUCCACACUCGAUGUACCUAGUGCAGGUAUAAAUACUGUGUUCUCGGGCGGACUCGUGUUCCCGGACUACGUGAGACUGGCUGCUCCCUCCCCGGACACUCAUACGCUGUGGCAAGAAGUCUGCCGUGUCGUAAAGGAUGCCCUGGAAGCAUCGAGUGGUACUUGGGUAAGCGGUGGUUCACUCGGCCGUAGUACAAGUUCGGCUGGUGAACGGCAUUCGUCGACGUAUGAAAGCCCGGCCUUACCACGACGAGCUGAUACCUUCGCCGGCUUUGACGCCAACAAACAUAGAGGAGUGAUCCCGCGCAUGUCGACGGACACGCCCCCGGAGGGCGGUCCGAGCGAAUCGCAGGCCGCUUCUGAGCUGGAGCGAGACCGCGCCCUGGCGUUAGCCGGCGACGCCGCCCUCCGCCUGCAUCACUCCAUCUAUACGCUCACAUGCAUCGUGUGGCAGCAGCUCACUACCAUUCACAGCCUGGAGGCGCAGGUGGGCGCGUGGCGCGCGGGCGGCGGCAGCGGCGCGCGCGCGCACGACGCGCAGCUGGAGGAGCUGCGCCACGCGCAGGCGCGCCUCACGCAGGAGCGGGCCGCCUGGGAGGCGCAGCGGGCCAGCGACUCGCUCGCGCUGGCGCACGAACGUCAGCAACUGGCCGCGGCGCGUCAAGAACUAGCCGAACAGCAGAAAGACGUAGAGCAGCAAAGAGAGAGGCUAUAUCGGCGACUCGAACGGUUGCAGCAACACGGUGGUUCACAAGAAGAAAUAGCGAGUGUAGGCACACUAUCGCCUGACUCCAGUGUGAGUGACACCACGCGGAGAAAAGAACCUAAAUGGCGGAACAACCGCGGUUCGACGGGGUCGGAGUCAUCGGCGUCGGCAUGCAGCGUGCGCAGCGCCGCGCUGCCGCCGCCGCAGCUGCUCUCUGCGCAGAACGAGACGCGCGCCGCCACCGUGCGCGCGCAGCCCAUCUCCCAAAUGGUGAAACAGCAAUUGCCGCUCAAGCUGGCGAGUGGCAAAAGCCAGCAGCAGCCACCGCCGGGGUACCACCGUCUCCAUGAGUCGCCUAGUGAGGGUACACAAGGCUUAGUGGUACACCAUACGCGCACGGGCAGCUCGCCCGCGCCGCUGCCCUCGCCGCAACAGCUGACCAACAAGGCCACCAGAACUAAUACCUACCCAAAGCUCCCCGACAAGUUCCGAGUGCGGUCUCCGGACGCUGCACCCGCUCCCGCUAACCCCCCGCCCCCCGCCGAAGAAGAGGUCAUCUACUUCUGACAGCAACGUGACAGCACUUCACACUCGCGAUCCUGAGACUGCCGCCUCUCCUAGGGAGCUCAGCACUCCUGGUACUUCAUGCUUUGACAUUUUCUUCAGCGACAUUGUGUGUAGACUAUGUUACAUGCAGGACUAAUACCGGCACGAGUUUAUUGUUGCCUGGUACCAUAGUUCACGGAAUCAGUGCUUGAAUUUAACACAUGUCGUUGUAAGAGUGUUUGCUGAGCUUCUUAGAAAGUUCUGUGCUCCUGGUAAUUUUUAAAAAAUUCCUUGGACCGAACAGUCUAGACUGUUUUACGUGUUGACUGUAAAUAUAAGCCUAGUGCACAGUUCUCUUUAGUAUUUGUACAUUGAAGGUCUGCGGUUACCAAGCCAAUUGCUAUUGCACUUAUACAAAACAUGACUAACUCCUAACUUGACAAUAUGAGCUACCAUUUCUACAUACACAAUAAGAAACGAAUAGUACACGUACAGUUUAGCUGUCAAAAGUAUCAACACCAUGCAAUCGGAAAUCACUAUUUUGACAGUAUUGUCAGUAAAUGUUAGUCAUUUAGUGACGUCUUUAAUUAUAACACAAAGUAAUAUACGAGCAUAGUGCCACCAAUUUUUCUGUGAUAGAUAAUUGGCUGUACAAAUCAACGACGCUACUCGUAUUACAAAUAAGUUAUGAUUCUGUGUUUAUGUAGGACAUUCCAUCAUAAAUAUACGAUCUCGUUUAUUAAAUUUCCAUUUUUUUAAUGUAUAUUUUAUUUCUUGAUCACUUAUUUAAAAAAAAUAUUUUUCAGUAAGUGUCCAGAUUAUUUGCUAUUAUUUCCAUGAAUGCGUAAUAUUUUAUUG